ACAUACGAACGACAUACAGCGUUUCCAUCCCAAUUCCCAAAGUGAGUUUAAAGUGUGUCAAAUGAAGGAUCAAUUUACCCGACUGUCUCUCUACUUUGAGCUCAUCAGUUAAUUUGCUUCACUCAGUGUUUUGAAUAUCCGGGUUUCUGGAAAAGCAGCAGAUUCAAAAUGUUAGACGGUUUGUUGGGUCGUGGAUUCAGCUCCAAGUGUAAAUCGAUCAUCAAAGCUACUCGGACGAGGAUUGAAUUGGUGCGACGGAGAGCGGAGGCUAAGCAGAGGUUUCUGAAAGAAGAUCUGGCGAAAUUGCUUUCUAAUGGACUAGAUAUUAACGCCUAUGGAAGGACUGAAGAAUUUAUCGCUGGUCUUAGCCUCUUGUCAUGCUAUGAUUUUAUUGAGGAAUCAUGCGAAUACGUUGUAAAGCAGCUUUCAAAAAUGCAAAAGUUAGGGGAAUGUCCAGAAGAAUUUAGGGAGGCUGUGGCAUCUCUGAUGUUUGCAGCCGCAAGGUUCUCUGAUCUGCCUGAAUUGCGAGAUCUCAGGGAUACUUUUCAGGAGAGAUAUGGAAAUUCUUUAGAGUGUUUUGUUAAUCAGAAGUUUAUUGAGAAAUUAUCUACAAGGUCCCCCACAACAGAGAAGAGACUCCAGGUUUUGCAAGAUAUAGCUUCAGAGUUUUCAAUAAAGUGGAAUUGUAAGGGGUUUGAACAGAGAAUGACUGCUUCUGCACUUGCACAGGAGUGGCAAUUUGAACAAAGAAUGGCUGCUCCUGCACUUGCACAGGUGACAAUUUCAGAGAGGCAUAUCCCCAAACAGAGUCCUUUGUUUCUCGAUGAUGGAAACCAAACAUGCAACCGGCGAGAGAUUAAUGUUGGGAAAAGAAAUGAGUUAAAUCAUGUUGGUGGGCGGGAAAAAACUAGUUAUUACAAACAGAAGUCACUUGUGAAGGGAGAAGAUGGCACUUCAAGUGGAGGCCAAGGCGUUUUAUUUCAUGGAAGGCAAGGAUUGUUAGAGGACAAACGUUUGGAUCUAAAUGGGAAAGAUGAUAUUUUGCUGAAGGGAGUAAGCAAAAGCAGUCCAUCCCCUCAAAAUAUGGUGGAUAAUAUUGUUGGUGGCCACAUUAGGCACAAUGAUGGUGUCAAUACAAGAAAAGCAGGGACCAUAGAAGCAUUGUCUUGUAAAAAACCCGAUGUUUCCACUAGUUGCACAGGAUUUCUGGGAAAAACAGAAGAUCUUAUUGCUUCCCCUGAUCAUGUUAAUGGAAAGAAUUUGUUGAACUCGACAGGAAAAGCACGACUGGAAGAAACAGAUCGGUUGAAAUCCUGCUACAAUAAUCUCCCCCCUCCACCGUAUAUUAAAUCAAAAGAUAAUUCCAUUGUCCCUCUCCCUCCAUAUACUAAACCAAAAGAAGAUAAACAUGAAGCCAUCAGAAGGUCUAAACAUGGCGGUUCCAACUUCGAUGGACAUUUUUUUGGCUCUUCUCCUCACAAUAGAAUUAAAUCAAUCAACAGCUUGGGCAAAAGUGACGAGGAACCAAAUCAUCUUGAUCGUGAAGGGAAAAGUCUUGGGCUCGUUCAAAUAGAAAGUUAUGGCAAUGAAAAGAAGGCUGAUUAUUAUAAGGAUAAUGCAAUUCCCUUGCAGAAACAAAGGUCAAAUCGGAGGAAACACCAGAAAUCAUCAUCCAAUCAUGACAGCCUAGGUAAUGUUGACAAUUUCAGUAGUGCAAAGAGGAGUUCAAGUAGCAGGAGAAGGGACCAUUCAAGAAAGGGGUUGCAGAUCUUGUUUGAUAACGAGCACGAUAAAAACGAUGAAGAGGAACAAGUGAUAGAUAGACUAUUAAUCCAUUACAGCAAGAAACCAUCGAGUUAUGAUGCCAGUAAAUCGAAGAAAAAGUUACUAUCUCAUUCUUCGAUGCGGAGAUCAAUUCAGAGAGCCAUUGAUGCUGGUGAAUUAUCGCUUGACCAGAGCAGAGAUGGACAAGAUAUUGAAUCAGAAAUUGUUCCACUGCCUGCCAGAUCGAUUUCUCUUCCUCACAAAGAAAGUGGUUCGCUGCAGGUGAAGAAAGUGUUUGCUCGUGCCAAUACUUUCCAGCCUGAUAACCAGGCACGACAUGUGCACCCAAAAUUGCCUGAUUACGAUGAUUUGGCCGCUAGGAUUGCUGCCCUUAGAGGGCAAUAAAUUCCAGUAGCUAGUUUUGCUGGAUAAACAGUUCAGGCUUCUUCACGUGUGGUCAUGUUGUGCAUUUUCUAGAUUUAGUGAAAGAGAAGGGGGAAUGUUAUACAGUUGCCAGUUUAUCAAUAGAGACGAUUCCCUGUAUUGAUCUGCUGGCAAAUUAAUGCUAUUAAUACUCCUGAUACAUGUAUAUCAGGUCUUAAGAUGGGCUGGAAAUUCCAAGCUCUGGUUAGAGCAUAGAUUUGCAUGAUCCUUGAAAGCUCAGAAAACUAAGGAUGCAUUAGAACUGCACAUUUCUAGAGCUGGUGUUGUUUGCUUUAACUGAUUGACAAUGAUACAUGUUUGCUUAUACUUCAUAUGGUUUAAGGUUGUAAAAUUGUAACCAAUUAUGGAUUAUGCUAUUCAAUGUUGAACCUGGACCAAUAUUACUAUU